AGCAACUACAUCAUCGCUGCCAGCGCAUCGGCCAUAGCUAACGCAGUACUUUCACCACAGCCCGCACCCACGGCACCGUCGAUACAGGCGCUCAAUGGCGGCGGAGCUGGCAACACCGUAAGCGCUGCUCAAAAGUCAACCAAUCGCAUGAGUGCGCCUCAAAUGGGUGCCGCUGCCGCCCCGAAUUGUGGCAAUUCCACCAGCAACUAUGUUACAAGAAUGGCAACGAGCAAAUCCGAGCACAACGACAACUCAUCGUAUGCUAUAUUGCAAGGCCUGCAAGAACCCUUGCUGCCACAAACACAACAGCAAUCAGCGGGAUCACGUCAAGCCGUCAGCGGAUCCGUGAACGCCGGCAUCUCUGGUGCUCCACCCCUGCCGCCACGAAAGUCGUCACCUGGUGUUGAAAAUAGCGCCACAAGUAUGGUCGGCGCAAGUGCUGCUGUGACGCCAGUUGCAGCUGCUGCAAGUGCGACAGUGGUCAAGCACAGAGGCCAGAUGUCAGCUGGAACUGCAACUCCCUCAGACAGUUUAGCGGCGAACACUGAAGGAGCUGCCAUGCCACCGCAUACAACGGCACCGCCGAUACCACCGCACGGCAAUCUAAUGCUAGUUGAUAGCAUCGUCGACGAUUUACGCACGCAACCAAUCGCCACUACGACUGUAGCAACAUCUGCGGCCUCCAUCUCAUUGCAGUCGACACCAGGCUCGGCAUCAGCUACUUCGCCCACGCGUUCGAUACUCGACGACGACAUAGUAGGACCAGCAGAGACCAUUACGGGUGUAAUUGAUACACGGCCACUGGAAGCACGUCUGGCGGCAGCAGCUCGAAUUUUGGAACCAACAACGGUAAAGUUGCCACCAACAACAUGUCUAACCUCCAUGUCGGGUACUCCGCACUAUACUCAGCUCUGCAAUGCUACUUCAUCAACACAGCCAGCGGCGGUGGCGGCGUCAGCACCGACCGGAGGACCAUCGACGACAUCAGCGGCUGUGGGCUCACACCGAAAUCAACAGCAGACCUUACAAUCAACACAACAACUACAGCAACAGCCUCUGCUGUACGAGAAUGUGACGAUCAAUCAAAAGGAAUGUAAUGUUCCAUAUGAAAAUAUCAAUCUGGAGUACAUUGCACGUCUCAUGAAUGAGGGAUAUUCGAAGGAGAAUGCGAUCACAGCGCUGGGCAUCUCCCGAAACAACAUCGAAAUGGCCUGCGACAUCUUGCGCGAGUUCGUAUCGAAGAGUAGUGUUUGA